CCUCCUUGUGUGAGGAAGCCACACUGGCCCUCCUCCUCCAUCUUCAUUCUGAGGGUCAUAAAGCCAGUCUGCGUAAACUACAGUUCUGCCAGCCUCAAGUCAUCUUUCUAGGGCAUCACAUUUCUGCCACCACCAAGGCCCUGACCCCUAAACGGAUUGAGGCCAUUCAGAAAGCACCAAAACCUGUUACCAAGACACAGCUGAUGUCAUUUCUAGGUAUGGUAGGGUUUUGUCGGGCCUUUAUUCCACAUUUUUCUGAACUUGAGGCCCCCCUGACUUCCUGUAUACAUGGUAAGAAUCUAUCUGCUCAUGACCAUUUCGUCUGGACCCCGGAGGCUGAGCAGGCUUUCCUGUCUGUGAAACAAGCGCUGUGUUCUGCUCCAGCCCUGGCUCUGCCAGAACCAGCCAAACCUUUCUUUCAGUUUGUUGAUGAAAAACAUGGUUUCAUGUCUUCUGUUCUCCUUCAACAGCACGGCUCUCACAAGCGCCCGGUGGCCUAUUACUCUUCCAAGCUCGACUCUGUUGCUGCGGGGCUUCCUGGCUGUCUGAGAGCUGUGGCUGCAUGUGAGAAGGCUGUACUUGCAUCACGUGACAUUGUGGGAUACAGUGAACUAACUGUUUUUGUUCCUCAUUCUGUAUCCAUCAUUUUGCUCGAACAAAAGACUUCUCAUCUGUCUGCAGCUAGAUGGCUGAGAUACACCACAGUUCUUCUCGAUAUGCCUAACAUCACUAUGAAACGGUGUACAUCACUUAACCCUGCCACUCUUCUUCCUACCGCAGAAGAUGGUGUUCAUCACUGUUGUGAGACUGUUCUGUCUGAAAUCUGCACUCCGAGACCAGAUUUAUCUGAUGAGCCUCUUCUUAACUCUGAUCUCAUUCUUUUUUGUGAUGGCUCCUCCUUCAGAGACCAUUCUGGUAAGAACAGAGUGGGUUUUGCUGUCUGUGAUGAGCAUCAGGUUCUCUUCUCUGGCUCCCUCCCUUCACAAUUCUCUGCUCAGACAGCUGAACUUGUUGCUCUCACUGAGGCCUGUAAAUUCGCACAAGGUAAGUCCCUGACUGUGUAUACCGAUUCGCGUUACGCCUUUGGUGUAGUUCAUGACUUUGGUGCGUUGUGGCGUCACCGUAAUUUUUUGAAAUCUGAUGGUAAGCCUAUUUUGAACUCCACACAGGUUGCGGCUCUCCUUGACGCUAUUCUUCUUCCUUCAGAUGUCGCUGUAGUGAAAUGUCAAGCUCACACUAAUGACACUUCCUCUGUUGCCCGUGGCAACGCCUUGGCCGACCAGACUGCUAAGCAGGCAGCUCUGUCAGCCUCGCCGCACAUUCUCACCUCUUCUCCUCUCACAGAAGAGGAUCACUCUCCUCCCUGUUCUCUGCAGGACAUCCAGUCUUUUUCUACUCCAGAGGAACGCUCUGUCUGGAAGGCUAACUCCUGCACCCCUGAUUCUGCAGGCUAUAACACCGCCCGCCCUCUUGCCUGCCCUCCAGCUGGUCAUACACCACCUAAUCAGCCUUUUGAUCAUUUGAUGAUGGAUUUCAUUGAGUUAACACCUGCAGAAGUUCUCUCACAGGUGCAGAGUGUGGUGAAAGAGGCCCUGCCACGCCCAGCAUCAGAUCUGCUUCACUCCUUGGUUCCGGGAGAUUGGAUCUUGGUUCGAGAGACGAGGAGAAAGCACUGGCGGUCUAAAAGGUGGCUGGGUCCCUUCCAGGUCCUGUUGGUCACUCAUACAGCCGUGAAGGUCGCUGAAAGGUCCACGUGGAUUCACGCGUCCCACUGUAGAAGGUUUCAAAGUACCCCAACUCCAGCUGACCUCUCAACCACAGGGCAGAAUAAUCCCUGA